AUGCCGAAUUCGGCGGCUGCGGCGGCGGCGGACCGGAGGAGUUCCUCGGGGGAUCUCCCGGGGGGCCCCUCCGAGGGGCCCCCCCAAGGGUCCAAUGGAGGCGCUGCAACGCUGCUUUCUACCGCGAGGGGAGAGCACCGCUCCGAAGAAGAAGUCCACGAGGCGUACGUAAAGGUUCUGAAAGAGAUGACGGGUACUCCCCCUAUGAAGCUGCGUCUCGAUGCACUGGAAGAAGUUGCUCUUGCCCUUGGAAGCCCCCAUCACAAUUUUGAGGCCGUUCAUGUCGCCGGAACGAACGGGAAAGGCAGUGUGUGUGCAAAGAUCGCCGCUUGUUUGAUGGCCAAAGGCUACCGAGUGGGCCUCUUCACAUCGCCGCAUUUGUUCAGUCUGAGGGAACGGUUUUCUCUGAAUGGCACUUGCAUUUCGGAGUAUUCGUUUCUGGAGGUCUUCGCGAAAGUCAAGACUGCUGCAUCCACGGUUGGCGUCGAGCUCACUUUCUUUGAGGUGUGCACGCUGAUGGCUUUUGAGUUCUUUGCGUCGGAGAGGGUCCAAUGGGCCGUUAUUGAAACCGGACUUGGGGGGCGUCUAGACGCUACAAACCUUCUUGUCAAUCCGCGGUGCUGCGUUAUUACGUCUAUAGGCUGGGAUCAUAUGCAUAUUUUGGGCGAGACGCUUGAGGAUAUUGCGCAGGAAAAGGCGGGAAUUUUCAAGAAUAAGGUCAACGUGGUGCUUGGCCCCUCUGCAGCUGCGCUACCGCUCCUGUGGGAAAGGGCGGCAGCUUUGCAGUGUGACGUGUGGGAAAUACGGGUAGAUCCCCGGGGAGAGGAUUUUGAUAAAGAAAACAGCAACAUUGCCGAGCUUGUGGCACAAAAUGUGCUGCGGCUGGAUCUUACGCAAAGUCAGCUAGCUGCAGCGCUUGCGGUGCGCCCCCCUGCGAGGGAGCAGUGGCUGUCUCAGCAGCAGCUGCGAGUUGCUGCUGCUGCUGCUGCUGAGACCAGCGGCUUUUUCAGCAGCAGCAGCAACUGCAAGACGCAGCAGCAGCAGCAGCACCAGCGACAACAACCCCUGGAGGCCCCCUUGGCAGAUCCUGCCGCGUCUCUUCCCUUAGGGGUCGUCAUCGACGUGGGGCAUAAUGAGUCAGCAGUGGAUCGGCUUUUUCAAGGCCUUCAUCUUGCAACGGCUAACCACCCACGGUGUCAGCCCGCUGCGGCAGUGUUUCGGGAUAUCUGCAGCAACAGCAACUGCAGCGCAGAGUGGGUUUUUGCAGGAACCCUUCCUCGUCUCUUGCAGAAGGCCUUUGCAGCUGCUGCAGCAGAGGGGUCUGUCUUGGCUGUCUGCGGCACCUUCUUCAUGAUGCGUGAAGUCUUUCAAACCUUUGGCAUGAAUACGGGCCCAAUAGACCCCAUGGACAUGAACGAGAGGAGCCCCACAACAGCCUCGCCGCAAGAAAUUAAAGCCGCCACUGCGUUGCAACCCCACGAUUAG